GAUCAACGAGCAGCACCGGCUUUGACCCGCACGCGACUGAACCUUCACGGUCAAUUUUUCAACAGCUGUUCGACUCAGUAACUCCAACUACUGUGUCACUUCUGCUCAAUUUCGAUCGACUCUUUCUUUUGAGGCCGAUCUUCCAUCAAAUUUCAUCCGUCCUUGGUCUGAGCACUCGGUAGCUCGACUCCAACCUCUUUCGACUCCCUUUUCCCUCGGAAUUUUCCUUCACAACAUCAAAUAAUGGCCUUCACUCCUCGUGGUCGCGGUGGUCCUCCCCGCGGUGGUCGUGGCGGCGCUCCUCGUGGCGGCGGCGGUGGUCGUGGUGGAUUCGGUGGUGGCCGCGGUGGUGGCUUCGGCGGUGGUGGCUUCAGCGGCGGUGGUCGUGGCCGUGGUGGAGGUGGUCGUGGUGGCCCUCCUGGCCGUGGAGGUCGUGGUGGUCCUCGCGGUGGCCGUGGUGGCCCUCGUGGUGGUGCCGCUGGUGCCCGUGGUGGUGCCCGGGUUAUCAUCGAGAACCACCGUCACGCUGGUGUCUUCGUUGCCCGUGGUGGUAAGGAGGAUCUGCUCGUCACCAAGAACCUGACCCCUGGUGAGGCUGUCUACGGCGAGAAGCGCAUCUCCGUUGAGUCCCCUGCCGGUGAUGACGGCGUUGUCACCAAGACCGAGUACCGUGUGUGGAACCCCUUCCGUUCCAAGCUGGCUGCUGGUAUCCUGGGUGGUCUGGACAACAUCUACAUGAAGCCCGGUGCCAAGGUCCUCUACAUUGGUGGUGCCAGCGGUACCUCCGUCUCUCACGUCGCUGAUAUUGUCGGCCCCACCGGUAAUGUCUACGCUGUUGAGUUCUCUCACCGUUCUGGCCGUGACCUGAUUGGCAUGGCUACUCACCGUACCAACGUCAUUCCCAUUGUUGAGGAUGCCCGUCACCCCCUCCGUUACCGCAUGCUCGUCCCCAUGGUUGAUGUCAUCUUCGCCGACGUUGCCCAGCCCGACCAGGCCCGUAUUGUCGGUCUGAACGCUCACAUGUUCCUCAAGGAGGGCGGUGGUGUUCUGAUCUCCAUCAAGGCCAGCUGUAUCGACUCCACGGCCGCCGCUGAGGUUGUCUUCACCCGUGAGGUCCAGAAGAUGCGCGAGGAGAAGAUCAAGCCCAAGGAGCAGCUGACUCUCGAGCCCUUCGAGCGUGAUCACUGCAUUGUCGGUGGUAUCUACUCUCGUGCUUCAUAAAAAGGGUUUCUAAUCUUCUCGCUGUUGUCAUGUCUUCUUCAUUUUCCCUUUCCCUGGUUCCAUUUCACUUCCUCUCAGGCGUCUUGUGUUCCGCGAUGUAUCCAAUGUUUCUCUUUUUCAUUGUCUGUGUAUGAUUGCUUGCGUCACAAAAUAGGUCUCAAUUUUCUGGGAAAAUGCACGCACUGAAAUGA